CGGGCUUUGAGGCUCGGAGCGCCAACAUAAGGCCGGUUCAUCGCCCGGGAGUCUUAUCUGGGCUUAGCGGCGUGAAAUGAACCAGUAAAAUCAUCGCUAAUAAGACUUGAGGAGUAUUUGAAGGAGAGCUCGGACGCGUCUUCUUCUGGAACGGGUGAGGAUCCUUGGAGGAAGCAGAUCCAGCAGAUCCUAAUACUGGGAACAGAGUCCAUAGUGACCAUUUGGAAUGCUAUUGUCAAUGCAUGCUGCUUGCUCCUGAACCCCAAUGUCAUCCUGCAUGAUCCUCAUUCUCCACCCAUCUCUACUCGCUGCAUGCCUUCCGUUUAGGCCUGACUAAGGCUCUCUUGUUCAUUCUGUCCUUCAUUAACAUCACUAUGGGCAAAGAUGGAGCUAAAAGUAACCCCCAUAAUCUCUCCUCCAAGAAAGGCUCUCCUUCCAACAAACGUCGCAGUGGACCUGGUUCUCCGUCCAGAUCCGGUUCCAUUCCUGAUCCGGCUAGGGAAGUGGAGCGGCUCCGGGCUGCUCUGGAGGUGGAGCGCAGCCGGAACCAAAAGGCACGCCGACGCUUCUCUCUGGAGCUCCGGCGGCAGCGAGACGAGGCAAGAGAGGGCCGUGAACGAGCACUGAGGGAGCUUACCUCCAGGCACGAGCAGCAGAAGGCUCUGGAGCUGCUGCAGCAGCGCAAGGCCCUGGGCCGGGAGCGUGCUGUGGAGAUCCGUCGCCUGCUGGGCCGUCAGGGCAGCGAGCGACGGUGCUCCGACUGCGCCAGUCUCAGGCAGGCUGGAGAGCUGCGCUGCAGGCUAGCCGAUGAAAUUGUUGGCAUCGUGAAACCUACGAACCGUGCGAAAGCAGGCAAGAACUGGGAAAGGAACAACCUGGGGUGCAAGGGGAACGGUGCCAUCUACCAUAAGCUGGAGGAGCUGCUGAAGACGCUGCAUGGGGAAGCGGAAGGGGAGCAGGCUGUGCUUCUUCAGCGCCUCCAGCAAGAAGUGAAACUGGAGAAGAGCUACUUCUUAUGCCACUUGCUAGAGGUGCAUGGACAACCUGCGGAAGAGGAAGGGGAGGCCAAAGGUCAGAAAGGGCACUUGGUCAGACUGUCCAGGACCAGGUCAAAAAGCUGCGUGCAGUUGCAGAGCAGCUGUCAGAAACGUCCUGAAUCACCCAGCAAGAGAAAACCAUCUGUCGCCCGUUCCCGUUCACUGUCGCAGCAAAUUCAGCGUGCAUCCCCAUUGCCUAUGAAAACGAAUAAGCAGGGCUUAUGGAGCUCAUCUGAGAGGAAGCAUUCUGAGCAAACAUCUUGCAGCUCUUCACCAGUAGAAGAAAAGGCCAGCAAAAGAGAGCUUUCAGGAAUCAUACCCAACCCGAAUUCACCUGAUGUCGGUUGGGACCUCCAGAGUUCCAGCCCAUCUCUGGAGAAGUCGUCUCCCUCCAGAUGUUCAGAGGACAAUAUGGAAGACUCGAAUGGCACGGAUUACGGCUUCCUGGUGCGGCAGAACUCGGAGUUGCUGAGGGCGCUGGAGGAGCUGGAGAAGACGUGCUCCACACUCAGAGAGGAGAACAGCCUGCUGCGGAAAAGCAGUUGUCCUGAGACAGAAGAGAAGGUGAAGAGGCUGAGGAGGAAGAACACAGAGCUGGCUGUCAUUGCUAAGCGCCUGGAGGAGAGGGCGCGAAAGCUGCAGGAGGCCAACCUUAAAGUGGUGAACGCUCCUCUUCCCGUAAAGCCAGGUGCAGUAGAGCAGUAUAAGCGGGCGUUUGCGAGGCAGCGUGCGCGAGACCUGGCGCAGCACGCAGACACACUCCUGUCUAAAGACAAAGAAAUAGCCGCGCUGCAGCAGGAGUGCCGAAAACUAGAGGCCAGGAUAGGACAGGGGAAGGGCUAUCCUGGCCCAGCAGCAGCUGGAGAGUUUGAGCGUCUGUUGAAGGAGUCUCAGAAGGAGGUGCUGCGUCUGCAGAGGCAGCUUUCAGUCAGCUCAUCUCGAGAGCAGGCCAGUCCUGCAGGAGUGGAGAAAGAGGAGAAAGAGGAACAGGUUGUGUCUGAAACCCCAUGCCCAGUAUUAGAUGAGGCCCCUGUUAAAGGGGAGAAGACUCCUGGAGAGGAGGAGGAGGAGUCUAGAACACAAGUGACGCCAGAUCAAAGCGCUCACAACAGCCACCAGGAAGAGCCGACACAAGAGGAGCACCUUCAGUUUCUGGAAAGUGAGUUGAGCAAGAAGAGAAAAGAAUGUGAAGGCCUUGAGCAUGAAGUAAGGAAGAGGCAGAAAAGAUGUCUCGAUUUGGAGAGCCAGCUUGAAGAUGAGCGCAGCAAAAAUGCGCGCUUAACAGAGGAGGCUGAACUCCUCAGGAGGAAGGCUCAGCUGCUUGAUCAGUCUCAGGUUGAGAAUGAGGAGCUGAGGGAGGAGCUCUCUGCAGUGAGCGCUCAACACAGUUCAGUUCUCGAGGAGAACCAGAAACUCCGUGCCAAACUGGAGAACCUAGAGCAGGUCCUGAAGCAUAUGCGAGAGGUCGCAGAGCGCAGGCAGCAGCUGGAACUGGAACAUGAGCAGGCGUUGGCUAUCCUCAAGUUCAAGCAAGACGAGAUCAAACGACUUCAGCGGGCUCAGUUAUUUGCCAAGAGGGAACAUGAAGGGGUUGUGCAGAUGCUGGAGGGGUUGAUCCAGCUUGUAUUGCUGAGAGAGCUGACGAAGGUACGAGAGUUGGAGGAGAAAUGCCGUACUCAGAGCGAGCAGUUCAGGCUGCUCUCUCAGGAGCUGGAGAAGUUUCGACAGCAGGCCUCCAAGAUCGACCUGUCCGCUCCUGGCCUGCUGAGCCACAGCCUCACUCAGCUCCCCAACGGCAUCGGCCUGACUGGAGACACCGGCACUAGUGCCUCAUGGGAUGACAUCGCCUUCUGGAGUCUGGAGGGUAACGAGGCCCUCUGUGACGUCACUGAGCAGGAUGUUGCUGCCGUCCUUCGGGCCGGCUCCACCCCUCACGCGGCAGGCCUGUCCCGCCCUGAGCGCUCCCCAGCCACAAAGCACCGCGAGCUGCCCAGCCUCAGUUUGAAGUCCACCUCCACGUCCAGCCCCUCGCCACCCAAAUCUGAGACCACACACCUCUCCCCCAAAUCAGCAGUCGGCUCGCGCCCGGCCAGCCCACGCAAGGCCAGCCCCACACAUGAGGUGGACACUGCCAGUGAGGUGGAAGAACUAGACAUCGAUGUGUCCCCUGCACCAGUACCAGUAAGUCGAGGAGCUGCUAAACUCCAGGUCUUCAUUGCCCGUUACAGCUACAACCCAUACGAGGGUCCAAAUGAUAAUCCAGAGGUGGAGCUGCCCCUCACAGCUGGAGAAUACAUCUACGUCUAUGGGGACAUGGAUGACGAUGGUUUCUAUGAAGGCGAGCUGAUGGAUGGACGUCGAGGCUUGGUCCCGUCCAACUUCGUGGAGCGCGUCUCGGACGACGACGUCAUGAGCGCCCACCUGCACGAAGCCGGCGACCUCUCGCACAAUUCCUUCCAGGAGAGCAGCUUCCACAGUGGCAGCGAGAGGCUGCACCAGCACCACUUGCGCUUUGCCCACAGUGCCUCCGAGAGGUCGGAGGCGUCUGCCUCGGCCCCCGCCGUCACUACUGACAACACCAAGGCCAACUCCGUUGCCCCCCUACUUCCCCCUGCCCCCCUCACCAAUGGUCUAGACUUGGAUCUGGAGGAGGUGGGGGCCGACACUGUGCCUUACCCACGCAAAAUCACACUGAUCAAGCAACUGGCCAAGAGCGCCAUCAUUGGCUGGGAGCCACCCCUGGUGCCGGCCGGCUGGGGUGCCGUGUGGAGCUACAAUGUCUACGUGGACCAGGAGCUGAGGCUCAACGUGCCCUUUGGGGCUCAGACCAAGGCAGUCCUGGAGCGGCUGGACCUGAGCCAGAAGGCGUACCGUGUGGCCAUUCAGAGUCUGACGGAGCGGGGCGGUUCAGACCAGCUGCGCUGCUCGAUGCUGGUGGGCCGGGACGUGUGCGUGGCACCCACUCAGCUGAGGGUGGAGCGCGUGACGGCCACCUCAGCCUGCCUGAGCUGGCUGCCCAGCAACAGCAACUACGUGCACAUCGUCUCACUGAACGACGAGGAGUGCGAGUUAGUCAAGGCCGGCUGCUACUCGCUGUGCCUCAGUAACCUUUCCCCCAGCCUGCACUACCGCGUCAAAGUGGAGGCGCGGCCGCACCGCACGCCUUGGGAGCUGUCCCUGGAGCAGCGUGAGCGCAAGACCACCAUCACCUCCUUCACCACCCUCACAGCAGGUCCCCCUGACGCUCCACUGGACGUGCAGCUGGAGCAUGGCCCAUCUCCAGGGAUUGCUCAGAUCAGCUGGCUGCCCGUCACCAUUGACGCUGCUGGAACCUCCAAUGGGGUCCGAGUCACCGGCUACACCAUCUACGCUGACAAGAAGAAGGUGCUGGAGGUGUCCUCCCCCACGGCAGGCAGCGCUCUAAUUGGUCCCUCUCAGAUCCAGACGCUGCAGGCGGCUCAUGAGAUUACCGUGCGCACCAUGUCGCCUCACGGAGAGUCCGCCGACUCUGCACCUGUUAACGUGCCCGCCAAGCUGCCUGCCAUCAUGGCUGGCGCCUCUUUGCCUCAGUGCCAGCCUGUGCCAGCCCACGCCAGUGUCCUCACCGCCGGUGCCACCACCACGGAGCUCGCUGUCUGUGCCACGUCUCUGUCUGCUGCCAAAACACCCACAAUGCCGCUCAGCCCUGUCCAAGACGCACAACCCUCAGGCCCUGUCAGGGGUGUCUACGCCAACACGGCCAAAGCCGCCACCAAUGAUGCCCCCCAGCCCGCUGCCUCCAUAGUUGAGGCGUGGGCAAACCCCGCUGCAGUUGCCCCCCUGACGGUUGCUAUGGCUGCGCAGGAGGCACGGCCACUACCUGUUGCCAAGUCUAAUCCACCGCAGGUGAGUGUGCCUGUACCUGUGGUUGUGUCCACUCCUGUGCCGGUCCCAGUGCCCAUUGUCACGGCUGUCCCCAUGGCAGCGGCAACUCCAGCUCCUGCGCAGCCUAGUGUGGUCCCCGCAGCAGUGCCAGAGCCCGGCAGAGACGCAGACAGCCCGAGGUCUCUUCGUCCCGUCGCCUCCAUCUCUGACUUCUUGGAGGACCCCCGUGCCAAGCUCCACACGCCUCCGCCUGCCCCCAGCGUGCCCAAGGUCACCGCCACAGGGACGGAUCUGCUCAACGUGCCCGACACACACCCACUGCGGCCGCCCAUCCCCUCCCCGCUAGAGUCAGAGCCGGAAGACGACAGGGAGAACGCCCGGCUGGUCUCCAUUGAGGAGUUCCUGAGGCCCGAGCCUCAGCCCAGAAUAAAGAUUUAUGCAGGAGGUCUUAUGGACCCUCCUCCUGACUACCCUGUGGAGAGCAGCCGGUCAGACCUGUCCGACAUCCUGGAGGAAGAGGAGGAGGAUCUGUACUCCGAGUCCACUGCUGAUGUGACACCUAGAAAUUACAACUCUGGACCUGCUGGCAGGUCUGAGGUUUGGGAGCCGGACAGCGACGAGGAAGUGUUGGAGAAGAUUCUGAAGCUCCACCCCCAGGCCUAUCACAACAAGCAGCUGUUCAGCAUCCCUGAGGUGACCGAGGAGGAGGACAAUACUGAAUCUGAGCCACACUCCUCCAGGGCGCCUCCAGCUCAGGGGCCAUCAAUGUGUCGGCCUGGCCCAGGAGAGAGCCACCACCAUGGUCCUGAAGCUUGCCAUCGCCCCCUUUCCCACCAACACCGCCAACCUUACCACAGAGCCAAAGUCCGAGACCCAGCAGCGAUGCAUGGAGGGGCUGGGCAAGUCCGGCCUCGUCCCAGGGUGCACUACGCUGACACGGUGGACACCAUCAACUAUGAGGAUGAUGAGGAAGUGGAGCUGGACUCGGAUAGCAGCCUGUAUGCUGGACCCUGCAGCAGGGAAGUAGUAGUCCGGCGGCCGCAUCGGACACAACGGGACAGCGACCGACUCCGCAGGGAGGCCAUGUUACGGAGUCAGAUGACCUCUGAUCUAGUAGUGAUGCCAUCUGGGACAGACCAGGUACCCUACCUGCUCAGCAGGACAGUGCACCGCGUCAAAUCGCCCACGGGACCCACCGUGGAGAUUGAUGUGGAGUAUGGGACGGAUGACGAGCCGGUGCCUUUUGAUCCGGGAGAGGUGGUGGUGGAGCAGAUGAGCUCUGAGUGGUGGGUUGAGGGUGGCAACCACGAAUACCAUCCUGUGCCCCUGCCAAGACGGCUCAAACAGGAGUUGCCUGCAAUCAUGCCAUCGGACCACCACUCAUGGGAGACAGCAAGUCGAGAGGUUCCCCUGGCAGACGCAGGAGCAGCCUGGUGCGGUCCCAGAGAGCUAUCCUCGAAAUUAAGCAGAUCAGAGACCAGAUUGCCCAGAGAUGUUGCAGAGUCAAGGCCGGUUGGUGAAAAUGAAGUGAGAGUUUUCGUCGCCCUGUUUCCCUAUGACCCUGCCACAAUGUCGCCCAAUCGUGAUGCUGCAGAAGAGGAGCUUCCCUUUAGGGAAGGCCAGAUCAUUAAGGUCUAUGGUGAUAAAGAUGCAGAUGGGUUUUACCGGGGCGAGUCAGGUGGUCGUCAUGGUUACGUGCCCUGUAACAUGGUGUCUGAAAUCCAGGUAGAUGAUGAGGAGACCAAGGAGCAGCUGCUGCAGCAGGGUUUUCUCUCCACUGAUGCAUCCAUGGAGAAGAUAGGCACGCGCUCACUCGCUCAGCUUCCGCACCGUCCGGCCCCGCCGCCCAAACCUAGACGCUCCAAGAAAGUGGAGACAGCAGGAGUCUUUGAGGAUCAGUCCAUCAUUGAUUCCUGCAGCCAAGAUAACACUAGACACUCUGCUGUUGCCAUGGGAAACCCUGGACCACGCAGGAUGGUGGCCAUCUUUGAUUAUGACCCAAGAGAAAGCUCCCCCAAUGCUGACAUUGAGGCUGAGCUGACCUUCAGUGCUGGGGACAUAAUCUAUGUAUUUGGAGAUAUGGAUGAUGAUGGCUUCUUUUACGGAGAUUUGAAUGGGCAGAAAGGCCUGGUGCCCUCCAACUUCCUCCAGGCUUUUCCAGAGACAGCGGAGGAGGCAACAGUGGCUGAACCCCCUGUGGCCAAAAGCCGGAGAGACUCUCAGGUGAGCCACGCUGCCGUUUUAGAGCAGACAGAUGCUGUAAUAUCCGUUCCCCCAGAAGAGAGUCCAGCAGCCCUGUCGGAACCAAUCCAGCACCCUGACCAGCACCAAGACACAAACUCCGACCCCUCCCCAGUCUUAGCCCCCCCAGCCCCCCCUUUACAGCCUAUGGAAAACUCCUCUCUCACCGAGACCUCCCUACCAGAGAAGAAGAAAAAAGGCUUCUUCUCCAAAGGCAAGAAGCUGUUCAAGAAGUUGGGCUCCAGUAAGAAGGAAUAAAUGUGAAAGACUGUUAUCUUGAAUAAUUUGCUAAUUGCACUUUUUCAUGUCGAUGCUGGUUUGUCUGUAUGUUGUUUCGAUGGUUCGUGUGGGUGAUUGGAGGGGGUAGAGGCACAUUGUCCUACUGUGGGGGGAGAUGUCACUCUCCUCGACUGAUGAUUUUUUUUAUUUUUUUUAUUUGAUUGAUUUUGUCUCUGCUUGCCACUUUACUUUCCUUCAAAAGCAUGUAAGACUUUUGAGACCAAAUGGCUAAAGAAAUGCUUCAUCCACAAAUCAAACAAACACAGUUUUCCUCUUACCCCAAGUGUAGUUAUUAACCAAGACAUUUUAGGUGUCUAAAUUUGGCUUUUUUAGUUUAGCGCCAGAGCUGCAAGACAGAGCUAAUGUAGCUAACAAGCACUAGAAGUCAUUAGUCACCCAAAUCUUUUCUGUAAACACAUCCCUGAAACUUGUCUUAACCAGCUCAAACUGCAUCAUCUUCAUUACGCAUCGUCACACAGACUUGUGGAUGUGGUUUAGGACACAGUAUGACUUGCUUUGAACCAUAAAUGAACAAAACCAGUUAACCGAACACUGUAGGCAGCCAUUUUAGACAACAGCUGUUGCUACCAUAAACAGCUGUUACUAUUUAUAAACAUAUAUUUGAAAAUUUAAGAUCAACAGUCUUUUGUAAAUAGAAACAACAGAGCAAACUCCAUAGUCCAUGUGGGUACACACAAAGGGGAGGCGGGUUUCAGCGCAGCACCCCUGUUGUCUAAAAUGGCUGACUACAGCAUGCAGCUGCACACUGAAGUUUUGUCAUACUGUCCUAAACUACAUUUAGUCUGUGAAAACUUAAUGAGGGCCUGGAUGUGAAGGGUUGCACAGGGUUGAGAGAGGUGUUGGAGAUGUAUUUAUGGAAAAGAUUUGGGUGACUAUUGAAUUGUAGUGUUUAUCAGCGUUAGGCCUUUAGCUCCUGUUUUAAAACAAAGAAGCAAAAUUCGUAGACAUGUCUCAGCUGAUCGACUGCGUCUAGGUUGAGUGGAAAACUGUGUAAAUUAGAUUUUUCAGCACACCAUUCCUUUGAAAUGCAUUGAAAGAAAACUGUUGUUUUGAGAAUUUGAGCAGGAGUCAGGCACAAUAAUAAGACUCCUGUCGUUAGUGUUCUAUUCAGUUGAGUUGAAUCAUGGUCAGUUUAGUUCUCUUAAGGUGGAAGUGGUUUUUCUGAGCUUUCGGCCAACACGUCCCUCUCUCAACAAUAAAAUGAAAGGGGUACUCCAGCUUUUUUCAGCCGAAUCUCUUUCUGCUGCAUUUGUAGCAUUCAGACAAUAACAUCCCUGUGCUUAAGAGGAAGACCAGUAUAUUUAGAACUUGAAGCCAGAGGGCAGGUGCUGAAGCAGCUACUCAGUGGCCUGUAUUACAGUAAUACAGAGGCAGCAGGUUGAAAGGUUAAAGGAAUAAGUUUAAAUCCUACUGUAUGUGAAGACUAUAUGUGGGUUAGGGAUAAAAACAUUUAACCAAUUAAACGUUAACCGACCAAUGAACAGUUGUUUGACAAAUGCUGUUAGUUUAACGUGUUAAUUUGACUCAUUUCCAAUAAACAAGCGUGCCUGUCUGAAUGGGGACAUUUCUGAAGUGCUUGACAGCACAGUAAGCGGUUAUUUCCACUAGAUGGGCCUACUAAAGAAUGCAGCAUGCACUUAGCAAUAGUGGUAUUCAAGCCCACCAUUCGAGAGGGUGAUAGGGCAACUACAAUGAUGUGCCACAUCGAAAACAGACAUCCACAAGCUACAAGACUGACAACUACUUUAUCCAUGUUUUCCAAGAGAAAGUGGGUGUGCAGAAUGAUAGAGAAGGACAUGGUGGACGCAGACAGUUUCCCAAAGACACAGAAGUACAUUGAGCCUAAGCAAGCCCCCCCUCAUGGCAUUUAAGUUCAUUUUAACUUGGGCUAGUUAUGAGAAUAUAGAAUUUGUGGAAACACUUUACUGUAGAUCAUGUUCAUAAGGCUACAUGACACCUACAUAAGCCUGUCAUGACAGUUGAUUUAAACCUACAUGAACUUUUUAAAAAACUGUCAAGUUGAUCUAGAACCUACAUUAGGUGAGGUUCUUUUUUUGACACUGGUUUGUGCCAUGAUUCUUUUUUUUUUCUUUUUUUUUGGUGAAAUGACACAGCACAUUUUACCAAGACUUUGUAGCUUAGUGUAUUUCACUAUUUCACAGUGACAUAAUGCUGAUGAUGACACAGCUUAACUCUUAUGAAAUGGUGAAAAGGCACUCACCAGAGAAAACGCUCUCUUGUUCUAGCAGCCUGGCUUGGCAAGCCGUGUCAUAUUAUUAGCAUAAUGUGACUGUGACAUACAUUGAGCUGCAAUGUCUGUCAUUUCACCUCUGAGUGUCAUAACACAACCUAAUGUCAGAAAAACAUCGCCAGACACACCUGACAUAGAUGCUACUUUUACUUGUAAUUAAAACUGGCAGAUGCAACCUUUAUGACAAACGAUGCCUAUUGGAAUGAGUAUUUAUAAAGGUUUUUAAAACAGAUAGCUACAGUUCUAAAAACUGAUUGGCUGAGCCGUGUUUAAAUAUGUCAUAAAAUACUCGAUAUAUGCACACCUGUGACCGCCUCCCAACAAUUCAGUUCUUUGUUCCUGCACCAGAUCAUGAAAAAUCCUUGUGCUUUAUGACUGUUGACUGUAUUGCUGCUUGCAUGGAUGAGUGUAUAGUUGAAGUAAGAACACGGUUUUGCUUAAACUGAGGGGCUGAGGACGUAUUGUCUUAACUUGAACUAAACAGCUCCACCAGGCUUUAAAUUAAAGUACUUAUGUUCUUCAAAUUUGUGAGGUUUAGUCAGAGCUGUCAAACCUAGGCUAAAUAGCGUGCUUCUCACUUCUACACCCAAAUAGUGCACUGUUUGUGCAGCAAGUAUGUGGCUGAAUCAGAGAUGACUUUUUGUUAUCACAGGCAACAGGGAUUUUGCUUCAACUGGCUCAAGACUAAUCACCUGAUAAUUACCUGUGAUAAAAUCACCGUAAUGCAUGGCCUCCUGUGGCUUAUGGCUUUAUUGUGUAGGCCUGUGUUAGUUGUUGUGAAGCUGUGUAGGUGUCAUGUAGCCUUGUGAACACUGCCGUACAGUACAUUAUCAAACUAGCCCCUCGUUAUAUAUUCAAGUCACUUUAUCAGCUUUUAGCUUUUGUUCAUAUAAACAUGAACAUAUUAUAGUUAAAACUAACCUGCAUUCUUAUGUAGAGUAUAUUUAAAAGGCCCAUGUAGUGGAAUUGAAGUUUCCCUUGCUUUUUUGAAAUAGAAGACUUUUGAAACGUACCAUUCCAUACAGACCACAUGUAGGAAGUAAGCUGCAAAAACAACCUGUUUUCAAUACGGUGUUAUUGGGAUGUCACGAAAACAGACACAUUUACAUGCAAGAAGUUCUAAAGAGUGUUUCAUCACAGGGUGGCCAAUCAGAGCAGAGCUAAUUUACAUUGUUUUAUGUCCUAAAGGCAUGCUAACAGCCUGUUUUAUUUGAAGUGUUGGAAAAGGAAUGGAAAAAAUUAAUUUUGGCAUGUAAAGCCACACAGGCAUCAUAAGUAGACCUCAAAGUAAAGUGUACAACACAAGAAAAAUGUAGGAUCUGGGCCCUGUAACACAAUUUGGGCUGUUUACUUGAUAUACACGCUGAUGCCUGACCUGAUCUGCGCCCCCCACAGUUCAUACAAGGAGCACUUUUUGAUAUCUCGGUAUGUUUCAGUAUUUUACAAUGGCUUCAAAGGUGGCUUCCUUGAUUUUAGGCUUGCCGGUUAACACUUAAUCUUCGACUAACGGCCCUCAUUUAUUAGUCAAAAGAAAUUGCCAAAGUUUGCAUCCCUAAUUUGGGUUUAUGUAACUCCAUUCCAUCCCGGCUUGUCAACAGUAUCUCAACACGUUCGAAAAGCAUCCGUAAGUCGGACAGUAGUUAGAAUCUGUGUUCUGAGGUAAGAUGUUUUUCAGUGUAUGUAAAGGAUGAGCUUUAGAGCAGGUUCCCUCUGAAGGCCGUCUGUUUGGAGCAGUGUUUUGGCUGCCUUUGCCUUUCUCAGUCACUCAGACGGAACUCCAGUAACACGUGUGUAGCUGAACUGAAAGAAACAUGUUAGGUUCAACUCUGUGUGGUACAGAGGGAGGGUUCCAUUUUUCAGCAUGUGCAAAGUUAUUGUCCUCCAUUUUUGGAGCGUUGCAUCUGUACCACAGACGGGUAAAAAAACCACUCUCACACUCAUGUUCUCACAGUCUGAUAUGCAGUACUUUUUUUGUUUGUUUGUUUGUACAGUUGCUUUUGGUGACUGACCACAUCAGAUGCAUAUGGUCUGUUUUUGUUUUGUGUACAUAUGGUCUCUAGGUGUCCUUAUAGGGGCCAUGAAAUCAUUUCUCAGGUUUAACUGCUGCACUGUAAAAAGGUUUCAUGUGUUAAAGGGGGAUUCCAAUGCAAAAUGUCUGCAUAGUUAAAUUAGAAGUAAAUUAGAAGAUGUAAACGGUUAUUCAGAGUUCAGAGCUGUUCACAGUGGUGGUGAUAGGAACCAGACGGCUGAAUCGUUGAAUGGCCCUAAAACAGUGGUCACCAACCCUGCUCCUGGACCUUACUCCAGACUUUAGGUCCAAUAUGCAUCCAACAUGUUGCCUCCCUUUCCUUAACACUCAUACAUCUGCCAGUCAGGGGCUACUGAAGAAGUUUAUUGGCUGGAGCAAGUGUGGCAGUAGACUUCCAUGAGUGGGGUUACUGACCACUGUGAUGUAAAAGCUACCUCACUGAAACCCUGAGACAUUGUUUUAUAAUAGUUGUGAGAGAUGAUGUGGCCUACAAUGGGGUUUUCAAUCUGUUCAUGCUGGAGAGGCGCAUGCAGGGUGAUGUGAGGCAAAAAAGUGGUUUUUUUUAGAUUUACACCUAUUUUACCAUCAUCAACAUUACAUAAAAACACUUCUGGAAAGCAAAUUAAACUCAUAUUUGUUGUUGAAGGCUUUGCAGUCCCUGGUUCCUUUCAUCACCAUUCUAAAGAACUCUGAGCUGGUACGUUUUCUAGAAUGAAUCAGUUCACGUCAGAAUCCCCCUUUCACGUAAAGGUGAGUAACUUAGCUGCCUUAAAAAUGAGAUUUCACUGAACUUCAGAUAAGCUAACACAUUCAUAUUGUUCUGUUAACUGUAAGAAGUUCAGUGAAUUCAAGUCAGCCAAGUUACUAACUGUUAGUUCAAACAGCAACAGUUUUACAGUGUAGCUGAUCAGCUUCAUGUGUUUAAAAGCAGUCUAGUUUCACACUCUUUGCCAAACCCUUAGGUGCUCUGCAAGCUGACCACUCAGAGACCAGUAGUCGAACACCAGCCAAUUGGGGGCGGAGUCAAAGCAGGUGCGACUCCAUUUCAUUCAAUCACUUGGGUCCCCUCCAAACACCGGACGUUGUUUCAAUGACUGUAUUAACAUGUAUCUUUUAAUGACAGCAGCCUUGAUGAAUUUAAACUGAAGGCACUACAUUGUACAGUCAACCUCUCUCUCUCUCUCUCUCUUACUCUGUAGCCUGUAUGUAACUCGCUCUGAUUUUUUAGGCUAGCGAUGCUCCCCAAGCUGCACUAUAUACUCUGAAAGCCUGCUGUUAACCCUGCUACUGAAAACUGCUAAGGAACGCACAGGCCCGGUCACUGUGCUGUAUGCUAGCUUCUGAAACGGACUCUGCUAGUAGGAGUACGUUAGGCCACAGUAACUAAUUAGCCUUACAAGACCUCGUCUAGUCUUACUUCAAUGUUUACUUACGCUGUACUUCUAUUGACUGCAUGCAUGACGGUGUUACACCUGUAUUCGGCCUUAUUUAUGAAUCUAUUUAUGUAUUUAUAGUACUUUGCUGUUCUUUUUGCUUUUACAACGUAUUUGUAGUUUUUUUUUUUGGGCUUACUGGACACAGCAAAGGCCGAGUUUGAAGUAUGCUGAAAGUGGGUGUGUGUAUAAUGUACAGAGCUGGGGUCAGUGAUUUUGACGUAUGAUAUUUUCAUACAGCGAGAGAGGCUUUAUUCUUGUGGUCCAUGCUAACUUCUGUUAAGCAUCCCGUGGAGAACUGAAGCGUUUUUUUGUAAAUCUGAGGGGUUUUGUAACCACUUUUUUGAAACUCGUCUGUAAAUAUGUGUUUUUUUUUUUGUGAACAUUUUUCAAAUAUUUCAUUUCUUUUUUCUUUUUUUUUGGCAUGUUGAAGCAAUGUUUUUGAUCAAUGACUAGUAACGUCACUAUUGCUCAUUAAGGGGCCAUUGUCAUUUGCUAUGGACCUUUUUACAGAAAUAAAAUAUAUUUUCACAUAAAA